AUGGAAUCCCUCCUCGACGUCGUUCGAGACUGCGAUAACUACCCCUACCCAGAAGACCCAGACCCGACCGUCUACAAUGACCUUCAACGCACGCUCUGGAAGUUUUACCUCCCAGAGGAUCCGCAACCGCAUGGACUCCUGAUCGACUCCGUGGUCCGCGCUAUGCCUUGGACAUCCGACUUCGACAUCGUAUCACACCCUUAUAAAGAAGUUCGUCUGCGACGUCCCGCGGGUCCGGACUGGCAGUCCCAAUGCACGCAGAUCAUCGCACACCAGAUGGAACGGGCCCGCGAACUCGGGGUCUUCCCUCAGCUCGGUCGGCUUCGCGGCGAAUGGUUCCCCAUCGUGGGUGCUCGCUUUCCUGUCGCCAUUGACCGCAGCGCUUUCUCGAUGUGGGGAAUCAUUGGUCAGGGAGUGCACAUGACCGUCUAUACACGCAACGCGACCGGGUGGCAGUUCUGGAUCCCGCAGCGGAAUCCGAACAAGUCGACGUACCCGGGUCUGUUGGAUAACGCGGUCGCAGGUGGGAUGGCUAUGGGCGAAACGCCGCGUGAGUGUCUGGUGCGCGAGGCAGGCGAGGAAGCAGGACUGUCGGCCGAUGUGGUGGAGAAGGAGGCGCGCGCGGCGGGGACUGUGACCUGGAUGAAUAUCAGUGAUGCACGGGCUGGGGGGCAGGUGGGAUUGAUCAACCCAGGGGUCUUGUUCGUGUAUGACUUGGAAAUCAACGAGCAAGAGGUCCUGCGACCGGUGGAUGGGGAUGUGUAUGCUUUCCACCGGAUGGGAAUGUUGGAGGUGAAGGAGGCACUGCUGAGGAAGCGAUUCAAACCCAGCAGUGGUGCAGUCAUGUUGGACUUUCUGAUCCGCCAUGGACUGGUCAACCCUGAAGAGGAGAAGCACUACGCGGAGAUCGUCACUAGGCUACAUCGCAAACUGCCCUUGCCGUGUAGUGCUUCCGCCUGA